AUGUUUUAUUUGUAUAACAAAAUUACUUCAUUAUCAACAAAAUCGCAAGGUGGAAAUGAAAAAAAAGAUAAUAAAGAAAAUGUAACGAAUUGUUUGGAUGAUAAUAUUGAUAAAAAUAAAAAUUAUGAAGAAUGUUAUAAAAAAGACGAAGAUAUAUUUUUACUAUUUGAGGAUACAAAAUUUGAAAACUCAAAUAGCAUUAAUAAAAAUGUGAACCCUCCAAUCAAAUUGGACAAAAGUGAAGUAGAUAAAAUUGGUAAUAGGAAUGAAAAUAAAUUAAAAGUGAAUUUAAAUAAACAAGAUAAAUUAGGAUGCGAAAGUGGGAAAGAAAAUGGGGAAGAAAGUGGGGAAGAAAAUGGGAAAGAAAAUGGGAAAAAGGACGUAAUGAAUUUUGACGAUGACGGCGAUAACUUUUUUAAAAUAAAUCACAACAAUUUUUGCAAUUUCGAAUUUUCGAACUAUAAUGAUAACAAUCAUGAGGGUAGUAAAGAAAAGUUGGAAAAUAGUUUUCCAAAAUUUGAAAGCAAUUCAAGUAUUGACUGGUCAAAUAUUAAUUUGAAAAAUAAUACUAAGAGAUAUUUGUCAAAAAAUAUGGAGGAUGAAUUUCAAAGUUUUAAUUUUGAAAAUGAAGAUUUUGAUGAUUAUAGAACUAAGGACAAUGAGGAGGUUCCAUCGGAAUGUAAUAUAAAAAAUGAAAAAAUAUUUAAAGAGAAUGAAAACAUAUUUAAAGAGAGUGAAAACAUAUUUAAAGAGAGUGAAAACAUAUUUAAAGAGAGUGAAAACAUAUUUAAAGAGAGUGAAAAAAUAUUUAAAGAGAAUUCAGAUUUUUUCUUCCCUGAAACAGCUUGGAAUAAAUGUAUAAAUGAUGAUGAAAAAGUGAAUGAAAGAAUUGAGAUAAAUGUUAGUAUUAAAGGAAAAAAUUCAGAUGAAAUAAAUUCAAACAUUCUAAAAAAAAAUGAAUUAUAUGAAAGUUCUUUUAAUUUGAUGGGGUUUAAUGAUAUGGCAUAUAAAAAAGUUGAAAAAGAAAUUAAAGAAGAUCCUUUUAUAUUUAAAUGUGAAUCUUUAUAUAAUGAUGAAAAUAAUAUUUCUGAAGAAAUCGUGAAAUAUUAUAAAAAUAAAGAAAAUAGUUUUAAUGAAAAUAUAAUGCAUAAUGAUAUGCAUUCAGAUUUAAUAAAGAAUUCCGAAAUAGUAGACAAUGCAAAUAUUCCUAAUAAUAAUAAUGAUAAUGAUUUACCAAAUUUUGAGAAUGAAAUGAAGAUUAAAAAUAAUACAGAACAUAUUGAAAAUAAUUAUUGCGAACAAAAUGAUGUAGAGCAAAAUACAAUAGCUGAACAUUUUCAAGAGAAUAAAAAUAUAACUCCGAAAAAAAUACAUGAAAUAGAAGAAGUUAAAGUUAAUUGUAGUGAGAGGGAAGAUGUGAAUAAGUGUGUUAUGGAGGAAUGUGCAGAAUAUAACGAUAAAAAUAAAUGCAAUUCUUUUGAUAAUUUUUUUUAUGAAAACCAAAUAAAUGAAGCAGAAGAAGCGAAAGAAAAAGGUAAUAUUGAAUCGUUUUUAUUUGAAAAAAAUAUGAGUUUUAUAGAUGAUGAAUAUGAAGAAAUAUGUGAAUGUGGUACAUCAGGAGAUGAAAAUAUAUCCACAAAUUUGUUAAUAAAAAAUAAUGAUAAUAUUAUUCAAGAUAGUUUAAAGAAAGAAGAGGAAGAUAAAAAUAAAAUAAUGUUUUUUGAAAAAGAAAAAAUGUGUGAAGAUAAUGAAUUAGUAAAUAAUAUAAGCAGAGUAAAUACUUUAAUUGAUGGAAAAAUUAUUGAAAUAAAUAAUAAUUCAGAUGAAGGAAAAAAUGUUGAAGUUUUAGAGGAAAAUGAAUUAUGGGGUGAUAAUACAUUUAUUAAAGAAACGAAAUGUGAUAGCAUCUCUGAAAAUAAUAUAAAAGAGUAUGAAUCAGAUAGUAUACUAAAUGGAAAUAACGAAUUAUUUGAAAAAGAAGACGAUGAAAAUAUAUUUUGUGAUAAAGAGAAGUUGUAUGAAAAUGAAUUAUGGAAUGAAGAUAAAGAAAUUAAAUUUUGUGAAUGCAAAAAUAGCAGUUUGGGGAUUGUUAUUAUGAAUAGUGAAGAGGAGGAAGAAAUGGCAGAAAAUGAGGAGGAAGAAAUGGCAGAAAAUGAGGAGGAAGAAAUGGCAGAAAAUGAGGAGGAAGAAAUGGCAGAAAAUGAGGAGGAAGAAAUGGCAGAAAAUGAGGAGGAAGAAAUGGCAGAAAAUGAGGAGGAAGAAAUGGCAGAAAAUGAGGAGGAAGAAAUGGCAGAAAAUGAGGAGGUAAAGAUGGCAGAAAAAGAAGAGAAAGAAGAAACGGCAGAAAAGGAAGAGAAAGAAGAAAUGGCAGAAAAGGAAGAGAAAAAAGACGAAAUAGCAGAAAAUAUAUUAUGUGAAAAUACAUUAUGCGAAAAUACAUUAUGCGAAAAUAACGAAUUGUUUGAAAAUAAAAUGUUAUGGGGCGAAAAAAAAAUAAUGAAAAGGCUCACGAGAGAAGAAAGUAUUGGAAUAUUUACUGCUAAUCAGGAUGAAGAAAAUAUAAUUUUAAAAAAUAAAGAGAUUGAAAUAGAAAAGUGUUCAGAAAAAAAUGAGGUGAAAAUUGAUAUUGAAAAUGAGAGUUUACAAAUAUCAUUAGAAAAUAAAAAAAAUAGUGAAAUAAAUGAAGAUCAAAAUAAUUUUAGUUCACCCAUAGAAUUUCAUGAAAUUAAAAAAAAUAAUAAAAGUGAUAAUUCGAAGUUUGACCAAAUUUCUAAAGAAAAUAUUUAUUCAAAAAAUAAUAAUUUAACUUCUGUAAAUCUUUCAAGAUUUACUUAUGAAAAAAUAAAUGAAAUAAAAGCAAAUAAUAGAAAAGAAAAAAAAAGUGAUUCAAGUGAUAAUGAUAAAAAAAGUGAUCCAAGCGAUAAUGAUAAAAAAAGUGAUACUUAUAAUAUAAGUUGUAAUAAUAUGAGAAAUAAAAAUAAAUUGUGUAAUUUGAAAUUUGAUAAAAUAAAUGAACUUGAAGAAAAUUUGUCUAAAGAAAGAAAAGAAAUUAUUAAUUAUUGCCAAGAUAUAGAUAAAAUAAGUUCUGAGAAUAAUAAUUUUAUACAUGAGAAUGAAAUAAAAAUUGAUUUAAAUAAUAAUGAUAAUAAAAAAUGUAAUAUAAUAAGUAAGAAAGAGACAAAAUUAAAAAAAAAAAAAAAACGAAAUGAUGAUGUAGAAAAUAAUAUCGAUGGAAAGUUAGGUUCCAUUACAAAUAAGUUUGAAUAUGAAUCAAAUAGUUUAAAUUUUUUGAAAGCAUUAAAAGGGUUGCCAAAUCUUGAAUUUUUAAAAUGCAAAGAUUUAACCCCAUUUUUGCGUUAUUUUAACAUAGUUUUGAAAAAAGUGACUAUUUGCUUCAAUAAUGAAUGUUUUUUUUAUGUUUUGGCUGGAGACGAAACAGGAUGUGCUUAUGUUAAGCUGCGGAAUGAAUUUAGGGAUUUAUUCAAAGGGCAUGAAUCAUUUAUAAUAGAAAAUUGUUCUGUGAUGGAAGAAGGUUUUCACAUCAUUUUAGAAAUGAAUAAGUAUAGUAAUAUAUACCCAUUGAAAUAUAAUACUAUUAAAAAUAUAAAUAAACAUAUAAAUUUUUCAGAUGCCAAGUUUGUAUCAUUAUCUGAGCAUAUAAUAUAA